AUGAGUACCGGGGCCUUCGUGACGGUGGCCAGCGUCGGCAGCUGCCUCGUCAUCUUCGGAUGCAUCUUCUCCGUCGGCAUGAUCGUCCACGACAUCAACUCCUUCUACGACGAAAAGCUCGAGGAGCUCAGCGAGUUCAAGGUCAGACUUACCUGUUGAAACUUAUUGGUUUUUUUUAAAUUUAUUAUUGGUUUUUCAUGACCGGAGGGACUAGGACUAUAUGAGCUUAACAGGAGACAAUGAAAUUCUGGACUUUUGAGAGCCCCCAACUUUUUCCACAGGCCUCGGAAGCAAAUUUUGAGAUCAGAUUUGGAACCAGCGGAAAGAACUACUUCUAGAGAACGUGGUCUCAUUCAAAAACCCAAUAGAGAGCUGAGCUGUCCCUUAAUUUACCAUAAAAGAAAGGUCAUUCUACUUUCGGUUGGGAAUUUUUUGAAAUUCGGCUAGAGAGCUGAUCUAAUUGAACCUGUUAGGAGGAAUGGCAGAAAAUUUGAGAGAAAAUCGAAAAAGAGAACUUUUUCGAGUUUUAGACUGGUUAGAGUUCUCGUGACUAGUAAAGAUAAGAACAAUGAAUUUCGGUUUUUUUUUCAGAUUUUCUAGUUUCUUCCCAAUUCAAAGUUAAAAAAAUAUUCAUCGGUUUUAAGAGAUUUAAAAAAAAUCUACGGAUUGAUCUAGCCACUGAGAUUACAUUUCCAAAAAAAAGUUGUUUCAGAACUUCGAGAAGGAAGCCUGGAACAGCAUGGUUCCAGCCACCCGCGUCUCUGCUGAUGCCCACAGCCUCUUCUUCGGCCGCGACAAGCGCAACGUCAAGCGUCAGGCUCAGUGCAACUGCGGAGCCCAGCCUACCGGAUGCCCAGCCGGACCUCCAGGACCCCCAGGAGCCCCAGGAACUCCCGGAGAGCCCGGACACCCAGGUCAACCCGGCCACUCUGGCAACACCGCCUUCGUCGACGACAGCAGCAGCGGCGGAUCCGGAUGCGUCAAAUGCCCGGCCGGACCACCCGGACCACCAGGACCUUCCGGAAACGCCGGACCACCAGGACCCAGCGGUCAGCCAGGAGCCCCAGCUUCCGGCGGUGGCCAGGGAGCCCCAGGACCACAAGGACCAGCCGGAGACGCCGGAAGACCAGGAGGCAAUGGAGCUCCAGGACAGCCAGGACGCGCCGGAAACCCAGGAACCCGAUCUCGCUCUCAGCCUGGCCCAGCCGGAGCCCCAGGACCAGCUGGACCAGCUGGAGCGCCAGGACAGCCAGGAAGCAGCAACGGAUCCGGAGCUCCAGGACCAGCUGGACCAGCCGGAGCCCCAGGACAGCCAGGCCGUGCCGGAGGUCCAGGAACCCCAGGAGCUCCAGGAAACGCCGGAUCGCCAGGCGGUGAUGCUGGUGAGGGAAUUUUUCGAACUUUCAGUGAAUCUUCAGUAUGGUUCAGUUCGAGAAUAACAAGAACAUUUGCAGAGUACUGCCCUUGCCCGGCCCGCAACCGUGUCCUCGUCGCGGCCCGCCAUCGCAACGUCGCCGUCAACCGCAAGGUCGCCGUCAACCGCGCCGCUGCUCGUCGCGUCGCUGCCCGUCGCGUCGCCAAGAAACGCGUCGUCCGCGUCCACGCCCAGAAGGUCGCCGCCUAG